CCAAUCAGUGAUUAGCCAUACAGACAGAGGGCUGGUAGGUCGCAUGGUCUUCUCAGGACAGAGACAAGUCUGUACGUAGUGAAGUCGCUUUCAACAGCAGAGGGCAGAAGAGGCCAGAGAAACGUCAGAUCUGACGUCACUCCUGCCUUUACCAGUCAUGUGACCACCGCGGAAGUCAACAAACCGGGAGGGCAGCGACAUGUAACAACGAAAAGCACUUUACUUAUUUAACUUCCCUGUUCUCUGUCUUUUGUUUAACGUUCUCAGAUUCAUGCGUUUUAAAAACGAGCACUUUAAUGAAACCGUGUGCCUUUCAAAUGUCACGUGUUGGACGUACUUCCCGUCAUUUAAGUUAGCCAACGUUAACGUUAGUUUAGAUUAAUUUAAACACUUUUUAAAAUGCGGAGUGAAUCUCUUCUCUCGAGCAUUAACGUGGUGCUCGUAAUGGCCUACGGUAGUCUGGUGUUUGUUUUGCUAUUCAUCUUCGUCAAAAGACAAAUUAUGCGAUUUGCUGUGAAGUCUCGUAGAGGACCACAUGUUCCCCUUGGCCACAAUGCUCCUAAGGAGCUGAGACAAGAAAUUGAAGCCAAACUGUGCCACGUCCAGAAAAUCCACUUUGAGCCUCGUCUGCUGUCCCCAGAUGAUGAUCGGCUAAAGCAAAGAGAACGUUGUGGUUCCCAUGACAACCUGUACAGGAUGAGAGCACUGGAUGCUGUCAGAGACACUGAUCUCCCUUUCCGUGAACUCGGCGGCACAUCCACCGCUGUGACGGGUAAAAGACUUCGGACGUGGCUUCUACAGCUGCGAAACUCCCACUUUGUGUUCCAAGACAGCCUGAGCUCACUCAUCGACACGGUGCUGGAUGGGUACAACAAAGCACGUCACGGGGCAGAGACUUUUGGUGAAGCAGAAUUUUUGAAAUACCAAGAAGCUCUGACUGAAUUGGCCUCUGUCGUCAAGUCUCACAGCGUUAGCAGCAGUCCGAGCCAGUACCACCAGUCCGCAGCCAAAGACCUGACCAGCACCACGGAGCCUGCCAGCUCCUCCUCCUCCCCCACCCAAACCACCUACCUCACAUCGUCAAUGCAGCAGCGCAGCAAGCGGCCCAGACACUUCCUGGAGCUGAAGAACUUCAAAGACAACUACAACACUCUGGACAGUUCGUUCUGAAAUUCUGUCCACCAGAAAGGUCAAAGACAAGCUAGAGCUGUCAGUGAUUAAACUGCCUACGGAAGUCAACAGGUCACCAAAUAGUUUGGAGUGAUGAGAAAAACACUGCCUUCAUAUACUCAAACUUAUUUCCUGGUUUACAAUUUAAUGCAUAUCAGACUCAGUGCUCUUUAUCCAAGUGUAGCCUAUGCAUAUAUCCUGUAUUAAUGCAUGUGCAGUGUAAGUAAGUAGGGUUGAUUUGACCAAACCAGAGCUAUGUGGCUAUGCAAUGGCAGAAGACAAUCAGUAUUUAUUGCACAAUGUAAAGGCCUAUGCAGACUUGUUAUAAUGACCCAACCGGAUUAAAACAUGCUAAUUAAUAUUCAGCAAUGUUUUUAGAGAAACCCAGUGUUAAUGUUUGAAAAACGAACACUGUUUGUCACUUGUGUUUACAUCUAUGUAUGUCUCUACUGUUCAUUUGCUGCAGUGAAAUUCGCAGCCCUGUUAUUCUAUUUGCCUUAAAGAAUUGUUUUAAGAAGCCAUACUUGAUGUAAUGAAAUUAUGAUGAUUAAGUGCUCUUUUUAUUUCUUAUCAGUUCUCUCAAUGCAAUGCAAUUUAACAGUAUUCCAGUACAUUAAUGCAUUAUGAAUUUUGCACCAGGGGAAGUCUUUUCUUGACUUUUGUCUUUUUUAAAAAGGUAGACUAGCCUUCAGAUAUCUAAACAAUGGGGUUCCUUUGCUAUUCAGGGUUCCCAUAUGGUGAAUGAUUUUAUUUUCUGUGGUUAUUGUUCAAGUUGCUAUCCAAA